AUGCCUAGCCGACCACCGACUACGACAUCGCCAAGUCUGGAGGAGCCACCAUCUGUUCUGCUUUCCUGUCCAACCACCGAGAUGACCAUCACCUUUAAAGCCGGAUCGUCUCCAGCGCAAGCUCAGCUACGGCAGGUAACACCGCGUCCUGAUGGCUCCGUCCGACACUCGGAUUCCUCCUACACCGUGUCGCAGACCACUACCGCCACGGCUGCUCGAACAUCCAGUUCUGUUUCUUCGAGGUAA